AUGGCUACCGCUACUUCAGAAUCUCCCAAGUCCCACAAGAGCCGCUCUCUUCGAUCGCCCUCUGAAAAGACCGUACACACUCACUCGAAACGACGGCGUGCGAGAUCUGUGUUUCGCCAGCUCAAAAAUACUUGCCUUAGGCACACAUGGCUACUACCUCUCAUCCUAUUGACAAUUAUACUCUCAGCAUAUCUGGUGAACCCGAACGAGUCUAAUCCAAUCCACAAGCUCCUUUUCCUCUCUUAUGCGCUUCCGCCCGAGACUCCCGGUGGCCCUGUGAUGUAUGGGAAGGGCCCAGCGGACUUAGCGUUUUUCGGCUUCUACAUCAUAGUCCUUUCCUUCACGCGUGAAUUCUUGAUGCAAUGCAUGAUUAAACCCUUGGCACGUCGAUGGGGAAUAAAGGGAAAGGCCAAGACUGCGCGGUUCUUGGAACAAUUCUACACAGCUAUCUACUUUAGCGUCUUUGGGCCUUAUGGACUAUACGUUAUGAGCCGCACCAAAAUUUGGUACUUUAACACAACACCCAUGUUUGAAGGAUUUCCACAUAAGACGCAUACGGCGGAUUUCAAGGCCUAUUACCUGAUACAAGCGAGCUACUGGGCGCAGCAGGCCAUUGUCUUGCUGUUGCUGUUGGAGAAGCCAAGGAAGGACUUCAAGGAGCUUGUGGGGCAUCAUAUAGUCACAUUGGCAUUGAUUGGGCUCAGUUAUCGCUUCCACUUCACCUACAUUGGCCUUGCGGUGUAUAUCACUCAUGACAUAUCGGACUUUUUCCUCGCAACUUCGAAGACUUUGAAUUACCUGGAUUCUUCGUUCAUGGGCCCGUACUUCGCACUUUUCGUUUUCGUUUGGAUUUACAUGCGGCAUUACCUAAACCUCCGCAUAAUCUGGGCUGUUUUGACCGAGUUCCGUACCGUUGGGCCCUUUGAACUUAACUGGGACACGCAACAAUACAAAUGCUGGAUUAGCCAGUAUAUUACGUUCUCCCUUUUGAGCGCACUCCAGGCGAUCAAUCUGAUUUGGCUCUUCUUCAUCCUUCGAAUCGCCAAGAACUACGUUUUCAACAAUAUAAAACAGGACGAAAGAAGCGACAAUGAAGAAGACGAUGAGGUUGAUGAUAUUCCCGUACUCAACGAAUCUCAGAAUUCGACGAGCGUCCCAACCAUUGUGUUAAAUGGGAAUAAUCCGGCAACGGCCAGAAGAAGAAACCCCGACAAGGAAAACGAAGUCCCGAACAACUCUAUCACGAGCCGAGCUAAUGGUGCUAUGAUGAAAUCUCAUGUGGAGACCACGACGGCUGCAAUGAACGGCAAUAAGGUGAAAUGA